GUACGAUCCUCUUCCGCCGUUUCCGAAUAGAAUAAAAAAGAACACCGCCGCUUGCUACUAGUUCUCUCGACAACCGUUCAACAGCAGUUCAGCUGGUCCUGAACACCAACUCCGACAACACACCACCUACCUACCUACCAACGACCUACCAACUACCUACCUACCUUUCCACCCACCAAUACAUCGUUCAACAGCUGGCGACGGAGCGCCGAGCGCCCGCAAAGAAUCACAACAAGAUGAGCACAAUGGAAAUGUCUAAUCGAUCGCUCAAUUCGCAAUCCGAGAGGUCUCGAUGGCCAGCUCUAGCCACCAGAAUGGGCGCAGCGGAUAUCGUCAACUCGGGUUCGAAGACGCUGUCACUGGGACAAAAGAUUGACCGCUGGAUGGUGAACGAGGGAUAUCGGAGGAUCUUCAUCGGCGUGUUCAUACUACUGCAUCUGCUGGUGUUCGGAUUUGGCUUCAUCCAUUAUUCGUUAAAAGAUAAUCUGGUCGGGCCGCGAGCAACAUUUGGUGUCACUUUGCCUAUAGCGAGGUCGGCCGCGUUGGUUCUCCAUGUCGAUGCUGCACUCAUUCUCUUCCCUGUAUGUCGCAACCUGAUUUCGAUGGCCCGACAAACCGCCCUCAAUGGAGUUGUUCCCUUCGACAAGAAUAUUGCUCUUCACAAGAGUGACUACCACCCCAUCCCGACUGUCCCAGGAGCACACGUAGCUGACUUCAUAUUAGUGACGGGAUGGUCAAUAGUGUUGUUCUCUUGGCUUCACACCAUCGCUCAUUGGAACAACUUCGCGCAGCUCGCCAUCAAGCAAAAGCUCGGCUUUGUCGGCUGGCUCCAAGCCAACUUUGUUUCGGGACCAGGCUGGACGGGAUACAUCAUGUUGACGUGUCUGAUGGCAAUGGCAAUCACCGCCCUGGAAGGGCCCAAGCGCAAGAAGUUCGAGAGGUUCUGGUAUAUUCACCAUCUCUUCCUGGUCUUCUUCUUCUUCUGGUCUUUCCACGGCUCGUUCUGCAUGAUCAAGCCGGACAGGGCCCCGUUCUGCGCUAGUAUCGGAGUUUUUUGGAAAUUCUGGAUGGUGGGUGGCCUGCUCUACUUGGGCGAGAGGACUUGGCGCGAGAUCCGGGGAAAGCACCAGACGUACAUCAGCAAAGUCAUCGAACAUCCCAGCAAUGUCGUCGAGAUCCAGAUCAUGAAGGAGCGCACCACGGCCAGGGCCGGACAGUACAUCUUCCUGUGCUGCCCCGAGGUUUCCAUCUGGCAGUACCAUCCGUUCACUCUCACGAGUGCCCCAGAGGAGGACUACAUCUCGGUCCAUGUCCGCAUGGUUGGUGACUUUACCAAGGCGCUCGGAAAGACGCUAGGGUGCAACUUGGAGAAGAAGGAGGAGAGCGGUAGGGACGCAAAGCGGAACAGGAGAGAGUCUAGGAUCAUUGGAGUGGACAAGAACACCAAGGAGGAUGUCGACCCGGCCAUCCGCAGAGUUCUGCCUAGGGUCUACAUCGACGGACCGUUCGGAAGUGCCUCCGAGGAUGUGUUCAAAUACGAGGUCGCUGUCCUGGUCGGUGCCGGUAUCGGUGUUACUCCUUUCGCAUCUAUCCUCAAGAGUAUCUGGUACAGGAGCAACUACCCCCAGAAGAAGACUAGGCUUCACAAGGUAUACUUCUUUUGGAUUUGCCGAGACUUUGGUUCGUUCGAGUGGUUCCGUUCGCUUCUUUUGGCCAUCGAAGCGCAGGAUAUUGGUCACUUGAUCGAAAUCCACACCUACCUCACAGCCAAGAUUAAACCCGAUGAUGCUACCAACAUCAUGAUCAACGACGCGAACGCCGAGAAGGAUGCCAUCACUGGACUGCGUGCGCCCACCAACUUCGGUCGGCCGAAUUGGGACACCGUGUUCAAGAGCAUCCGCUCGAUCCACAAGCCCGCCGAGUGCGGUGUGUUUUUCUGCGGGCCCAAGGCCUUGGGAUCAACAUUGCACGUCAAGUGUAAUCAGUACUCGGAGCCGGGAUUCUCUUUCGUCUGGGGCAAGGAGAAUUUCUAGACGGGUCUCUGUGGGUGUGUAUACUAGUACGCAACGUUGCUUAGGGUCUAAACAGCCGCGGGGUGUACGAUGAUUCAAUGCGAUUUUUCUUUUUUCUUUUUUCUUUCACGGUGUCAACCUUUACAUAAAGUUUUUUAUGCGGAUAGUGAAGUUUGUGCUGUGGAGUUUUUUUUUGUUCUUUCUGAUAUAUCUUGAAUCCUGUGCGAUAUCUCUUUUUUCUUUUUUCCUUGCUGCAUUACUUUAGGGGUUUAUUAUUUUCUUAGGGAUACCCAAAUCAUGUCUGCCAUCUUUCUUGCGUUUUAUCAUCAUGGGUAAUCGUGAGUGGGGGAUGAAGAUUGUUGUGCUGUAACAUUGCUCCCCUGCCGAGAACCUACAGCCUUCCUUCCUUUAGAGGAUAUCUAGCUCGGGCCGUUUCAUGAGGGGGGGAAUCGGAACCCCGAGGUCUGCAACACCCGUU